GAUUUCAAAUUACGAUGAGUGCAUUAGCCUUCGCAAUUUUUUUUUUCUGUUAUGGAGUAAAUGCUCUUAGAAAUGUCGCGCAGCAUAAACCCGUAACGCUAAGUUCUUACAGCCCAAGAUGGCCAGCGUCGAAUGCAGUCAAUGGAAUCCUCAGCGACCAUGUCCUUACUAAUGACGAAGACAAUCCCUAUCUACGGAUUGAUCUUGGGAAAAACUAUAUGAUUCAUCAGAUAGAGGUCUUCUCCAGACAAUCUUGUUGUGGCAAGCAAAUUCAUGAUUUAGAGGUAAAAGUGGGCAAGUUUCUGAAUCUCACGACUGUUUAUGGUUAUUAUUCCGGAUUUGCAAAGGACGCGGAACAGAUUUCUUUUUGGUGUCCAUAUUCCACAGUUGGACGCCAUGUUCAGAUACAAAUUUUCAAAGGAGUCAACGACGUUCUGACCCCAGCCGAGGUUAUUGUAUGGGGUAAAUAAAUUCUGUAUCUCAUGAUGGAUUUAAUG